AUACGACUCUGGUAUCAAUGAACGCCAAGUGUUCACCGCUGCGGAAGAUCUCGCGGGAAGUCCCCCGAAGAGUUAUGAUAACCGGGGCCGAUUGUGCUCGGUGAAGAACUCGUCGUCACGCGUACCCACCACUGCGCGAAUUGACCGUACGCAUUCGUUAUUACGCGGCUACGACAUAGGGAUCAGAGUCGUGUCACGCCGAUCGCCGUAACGUAAAUAACUCUUUCGCGUGUGUCUGCACGAACGCACUUUUUCUUCUCGUGCGUUCGCUUCUAAAAAGAGGAUAUAUUUCCCUUUAGUGGCGAACGGCAGAAGAGCAAGAAGAAACCCUUCGACAAACAGUAUCUGAUUAGUAAUUAGUAUAUUACUUAUAUAAUAAUCAUCUGACGAUUGUGCAAUAAUUGGAUAAUUGUUGUAUUUGUCGCGGAACAAAUAUCUGUCGAGUGGAAUAUUUUCUAUCACGAAGAGAAGUGACAAUUCUUAAGUACCAAUGACGAUCUCUCGCAUCGACGAACAGCCGGAUAUGAAGAGGAAGGAGCGAAACGUUAAGAGCGAUUCCAUAAGACAUUGUAAGCAUUCUGACGAGGAUGAUGAUAUCAAGCGAUUCCACGGCGACGGGCUCGUCGUCAGGAUGCAUUCAAAUCACAAUGUAUUGGAGAUCGUAGGCGAUGGCUGCUGCAUCGUUCUAUCGAAGAAUUCCGGUAGCGUUCACGUCAUUGGUGACGGCUGUAAGCUACAUGUAAAUCAUAAUGUGGGCGAUAUUGAAUAUAUUGGCGACGGCGGACGGGUCCUUCUUGGACCGGACUCUUCUAAAGAAAAGGUGAAAUUCGUGGGCGACGGUGGAAAGGUGAUCCUCUGUUCGAGUCCUGAAACAGUCCCGAAGAAGUUUAUAAAGGAACAAAGAAGGGAGACCUACGUGCAAAACUGUACGUGUUCAUGUAAGGAAAUUAUUAACAAGGAAUGCGAAGAUGAUCACAGAUCGAACAUGGACAAUAUUUUGAAUGAUAUGAAGGAGAGAAGCCAAGCGAAGUAUGAGAAGCGCAACGAGGAAACACGGAAAUCCUUGCGGCAUCCAACCGUUACGAAGAUCAUCACGAAGAUCCAAAGCGACGGUCAAUGCGUAACGAAACGCUUCGGCGAUUCUUCGUUGAUCGUUAAUUCCCGUGGUCGUCCCGUGACGAAAAGUGUGUCGAGAACUUCGGGCACGAAUAUCGAGCUCAAGUGAUGUAACCGAAAUUUCUUAGGUGAUGCUCCGUAGAAAUAUUUCUUUCUAGAAAAAUAAACGAUCAGGCGCGAUCAGCAGCUGGCUACAUGUAAUUCCACGGACAGCUCUUAUUUCUUAACCGCCAAGAAUAUUUUAAUUUUAUUGAACAUUUUAAAGAAACUUUCUUAUUGCAAUAAA